UCAUACGAGUUUCGCUCAGACUUUGAUUGUCCCUCCGCGGCUGCCGUACCAUCCGCAAUCAGCAGUUUGUUUACUGGCCAAGCUAACUGCUAGCAUUAGCCGUAGUAAUGGCUGAAUAUUCACAUGUAAAAUCAACAAAACUGGUCCUGAAAGGUCUCAACAAAGGAAAAAAGAAGAAGAACAAAGACAGAAAAAGAAAAGCAAACGAUGAGGACAAACUUGAUAUCGUAGGUGGUUGGUGGUCCGUCAGCGAUUUUGGGGAAAUCACAGGAACAGUCGCCAUAGAAAUGCAGAACAACGCGUACAUCCAUGCUCUGGAUACUGGCCUCUUCACACUCGGCGCACCACACAAAGAUGAUGAAGGACCGGAUCCUCCUGAACAGUUUACGGCCGUCAAGCUCACCGACUCGCGAAUAGCUUUGAAAUCUGGGUAUGGGAAGUACCUGGGCAUCAACUCUGAGGGUCUGGUGGUGGGGCGCUCCGAUGCCAUCGGCUCCAGGGAACAAUGGGAACCGGUCUUUCAGGAUGGCAAAAUGGCUCUCCUGGCAGCAAAUAGCUGUUUCAUCUCCUACAGUGACAGUGGGGACAUCGUGGCCAAGAGCAAGGCGGCGGGGGACGGCGAGAUGGUGAAGAUCCGGACCAGCACGGAGCGAGAGGUCAAGCGUAAAGACGACAUCGCGGACGAAGACAGGGGCAACGUGAAGUCCUGUGAGGUCAAUUAUGUGAAGAAGUUCCAGAGUUUUCAAGACAGGCGGCUCAGGGUUAAUGAGGAAGAUUCCUCCUCGCUGAAGAGAGCCAGAACAGAUGGAAAAUUUCACGAAGCUCUGCUUGACAGGAGAAGCAAAAUGAAAGCAGACAGGUACUGCAAAUGAAGAUGGCUGCCAGUUCUUUGUCACAGUCUGGAUUUUAUCAAAUUUGAUCUUGGACAUGUAAUUCUUCAGUUUCUUUCUUUUUUUUAUAUUUUGAAUAAACCCUUCCUGGUCCA